AGCGUCUGUGUGUCAAGUAAUUCAAUAUCCUCAGAAACUUUUUUAGGAACACUAUUCUGUGAUGGCAUAUACUCUUUUCUGAAUAGACCCUUUGCAGAUCCUUGCCCUCUUCCAGCACCGGGAGCAGGAGCAACAUGACUGGAUUGUUUCUUAACCCCAGAGUCUCGGUAGGAUAUGCUUCGAACCUCACCAUCCCAUCAGAUGUCCUCUGGUGGGAUCUGCAGUCAGAAGGAUAUUUGGAACGGGUAGAGGGUUCCAGCUACACCUGCCCAGAGUGUGACUUUUGUCUUCACAAGUCUUGUGCUGAGCUACCAAGGGAGAUCAAUCAUCCCUUUCACACGAGCCAUCCCCUCAUUCUUUAUGAGAAGCGACCAGAAAUCCACCGUUUUUAUCGAUGCAAUUCCUGUAGAAAAAGAUACAAAUCAGGUGAGGAAUUAUUUGUUUACCGAUGUUCUUCUUGUGACUUUGACCUUGACCUUAGAUUUGCUUUGCUUCCAAACUUGAUUUCUGGAGAUUUUCCAAAGCUGAAACAUUCUAGCCAUCAACAUUCACUCUUCUUCAUUCAAAACCACUAUAUUAAAACCCAAGAUCGAUCUUGCUUUGCAUGUGAGGAGCCGAUAUCAAGUCCUGUUUACUGUUGUUUCGAUUGCCAGUUUUUCCUUCAUCAGAAAUGCUUUGAGUUACGCCCUGAGAUCGAACACCCUAGUCACCGCAAACACUCUCUUAGUCUUCUACCCAACCCUCCACCUCAUUCAAAGAAAUUUUCUUGCCAUUUAUGCGCCAAAGCUUACAAGGGAUUCAUUUAUUGUUGUUCUCUUUGUGAGUUUGGCAUUAUGAUCAAGUAUACUUUCUCCGAUCAUAAAGUGAUCAAAAGUUUGAAUCAUGGGCAUCCAUUUAUCCUUGUAUCAAAACCAUUCUCUUUCGUUUGUAAUGCUUGUGGUACUGAUGGAGAGUACUGCUUUCCUUAUGUAUGCACUGAAUGUGACAUUGCAGUUCAUAAGGAUUACAUUUCACUCCCACAGAAGAUCAAGAUAACAAGGCAUAAGCAUCCAAUUUUCCAUAUUUAUUUCCUUGCAAACUAUGAGGGAAAAAACAAUAUGUGUAGAAUUUGUCGGGAUGAAAUUAAUAUGGAAUAUGGGAGUCACCACUGUCUACAAUGUGAUUACUUAGUUCAUGUGAAUUGUGCAACGGCAAAAAACUUGCGGGACAAGGAGUACUUUGAGGUGAAACAUGAAAGUAAGAAGUCCAAUGAAGCCUUGAAAAUGCCAUCGGAUGAAUGGGCUUCUAUUACUGGUGAUUUAGAGGACAGGAGUCGUGGAGAUCAGGAUGUAAGUGCCACUGAGAUUAAACACUUUAGUCAUCAGCACAACUUAAUACUUAAUAAUGAGAUUAAGGAUGAUACAGUUGCAAGGCCUGGCUCAUACAUGGCAACAAUUAGCCCUUCUAUUUCCGCUUCUCGUAAAACACUUUUUCCAAACACAGCAGACUUCAGUCCUGAGCAUAAGGAGGCAUCUUGGAUGAGGCUUAAAAGCUCCUCCAACAUCUCAUCAAGGCAGCCCUUCUUCCAGGUUUUCACAUCAGGGUCCAGGAAAUUUGAAAAGGCUGUUGUAAGAGCAGCUUCUGCAGCAAAUGACGAGAAUCCUUUGCCAGGACUGCCUAUUGAUUUGAGAGGUAAGAGAGCUUUUAUAGCUGGUGUUGCUGAUGAUGAUGGAUAUGGUUGGGCAAUAGCAAAGUCGCUUGCAGCUGCAGGAGCUGAGAUUCUUGUUGGGACAUGGGUGCCGGCACUUAACAUUUUUGAGAGCAGUCUAAGAUGUGGGAAAUUUGAUGAAUCACGAGUAUUGCCUGAUGGUUCUUUAAUGGAAAUUACCAAAGUUUAUCCCAUGGAUGCAGUUUACGACUGCCCUGAGGAUGUCCCUGAAGAUGUAAAAACAAAUAAAAGGUAUUCAGGAUCUUCAAAUUGGACAGUACAGGAGGUUGUUGAAUCUGUGAAAAAGGAUUUUGGCAGCAUUGACAUCCUCAUUCAUUCACUUGCAAAUGGAAGAGAGGUAAGCAAGCCCCUUUUAGAGACAUCAAGGAAUGGAUAUCUUGCAGUUCUCUCUGCAUCUAGUUACUCCUUUGUUUCUUUACUUAAGCAUUUUGCUCCAAUCAUGAAUCCAGGCAUGUUUUUCUUUUAAAUCUCAUCCUUUACUUCUCCAUAAGAAUUGCUGCCUAUUUUUGCUAUAAUUUAAGCAUGCCUAUUCAUCUUACAGGUGGUGCUUCAAUUUCUCUAA